CAUAAAGGGGGAGGAGCCUGCCUGCGUGGAAAAUUAUGAAAAGCAUAACUGCCCCGACAGCUUUGCUCUUUCAAGCUGAAAUAUUCCGUCUGAGGCUGGAGAGAUGAGAUUCACUGCAGCUCUGCUGGGCCUCGUCUGGGUUUACGGUGUGUGCAGGUCCUCGGCACAGUCUGAGGUGAAGGAGCUGAAAUGCAUUGUGGGAGACGCGGUCUCUUUGCCAGCCGCUGUGAAAAAGAAUGGACUGUUUUUGAAGAACGGCAGCCAGAUUGCCAGAGUGGUGAGAUACGUCCCUUACCUCACUGUGACGGGCAGACUGCAGUGGAACAGCAGCACUGGGGUCCUCUCCAUCACACAGCUGAAGAAGGAGGACUCCGGGGAGUAUGUAGUCCAGAACAUGGAUAAGCAUGAGGUCCUAGUGUCCGUAUACCAGCUGAGUGUGUACGAUCCAGUACCCAGACCACAGGUGUCCAGCAGGAACAAGAUGAAACCCAACUGUAGUGUGCUGUGCUCUGUGGAGAAUGGGAAAGAGGUCACCCUGUCCUGGCACAGAGAGGGGCAGACACUGUCCCACACCAGCAGCCCUAAUUUCAGCUCCCCCCUGUCCCUCCCUCUGGAGAUAGAAACGAACAGCGCCCCCUACAGCUGCGUGGCAACAAAUCCUGUCAGUAAUAAGACUGUCACAGUCAGACCUGAAGAGCACUGCUUCGAUCCAGUACCCAGACCACAGGUGUCCAGCAGGAACAAGAUGAAACCCAACUGCAGUGUGCUGUGCUCUGUGGAGAAUGGGAGAGAGGUCACCCUGUCCUGGCACAGAGAGGGACGGACACUGUCCCACACCAGCAGCCCUAAUUUCAGCUCCCCCCUGUCCCUCCCUCUGGAGAUAGAAGAGAACAGCGCCCCCUAUGGCUGCAUGGCAGCAAACCCAGCCAGCAAUGAGACUGUCACAGUAAGACCUGAAGAGCACUGCUUCGAUCCAGUACCCAGACCGCAGAUGUCCAGCAGAAACAAGAUGAAACCCAGCUGCAGUGUGCUGUGCUCUGUGGAGAAUGGGAGAGAGGUCACCCUGUCCUGGCACAGAGAGGGGCAGACACUGUCCCACACCAGCAGCCCUAAUUUCAGCUCCCCCCUGUCCCUCCCUCUGGAGAUAGAAACGAACAGCGCCCCCUACAGCUGCGUGGCAACGAACCCUGUCAGUAAUAAGACUGUCAUCGUCAGACCUGAAGAGCACUGCUUCGGUGAGAAACUGUGA